AUGGGCAGGGGCGGGGCCGUGACUGGUGUUAUAAGAAGCAGCCAGGGCACUGAGGCAAUGAGCUAUCGGCUCGGCUUGGCAGGAGGACUGGCAACAGGCGCGCUCCCUCCCCUAGUCCAGCCCCUGUGCUCCGCCGCCACUAUGGUCGCCGUGCCCACGGCCUGGUGCUCCGUCGUCCUGGCCCUGCUCCUGGCUCUGCAUGAAGGCAAGGGCCAGGUGACUGCGGCGGCCCCAGAGCAUCCGGCGCCCUCACCCCGGGCCCGAGGCCCCCACCUGCGGCCUCGACGUUGCUCCUGCAGCUCCUGGCUCGACAAGGAAUGCGUCUACUUCUGCCACCUGGACAUCAUCUGGGUGAACACUCCCGGACAGCUCCCUUACGGCCUGGGAAACCCGCCAAGACGCCGGCGCCGCUCCCUGCCAAAGCGCUGUGAAUGCUCCAGUGGUGGGGACCCCGCCUGUGCCACCUUCUGCCAUCAAGACCCUGGGGCUGAAGCUGUGGUAGUCCCAGGCAGCAGGUCCCCCGCCAACAUGGUCCAGGCUGGCUGGACAUGGAUGUCUGCAGGGGAGCUCCUCCAACAGCUGAGGGACAUUUCUGCCACCAAGAUCCGCUUUGCUAGGCGACACCAGGAUUCAGUGAGGGAGCUGAGACCCACACACCCCAGGCAGAGGAAGAGAUAGCGUUGGUUGCCAAGGAAUGCUGGGAAGGAGCCUGUGUGGAGCCGCGAGGAGAGGGGCAGCCCAGCGCCAGGGACCCCACCUGGUGGGGUGGCACAAGCUCUGGCCUCCUUGCGCGGGUGAGGGAGCUUCCCCCAAGGCAGCUCACGCCCUCCGCCUGCCCAGGAAAGUCUUCAGCCCCUCAGCUGCAGAGCGGCCUCCCCCACCAGCCCUGGCCCCACCGCCCCGCUGGAAGGAACCGCAUGAGGAGCGUGCUGACCUGGAGGCCACGUCCUGAGAGGUUUCCUGUCUGUUGGCUACAAACCAGGAUCAACGAGCAGUGGUGGACACUCAGACCGAAGCCAGCCCUGGAGGCUGGACGGGGCUGGUGUCCUGGGUGGCCCGUGUCCGUCCCCUCGAGCUCUCCCUCCCCAGAGUCCUCCCACCCCCCUGUCCUCGGGACACUCCUGGUGAGAACGGCCUGCUCUGCUUCAUCUGUCUGUAUAUAACUUAUUUGCUCUCAGAACUUUGAGACUUCCGAUUAUUUAUUUUAAUGUAUUUUUUUAAACUCAA